AUGUCGAGCUCUUUGAGAAAGGGGAAGGACUGUUUCUUUUGUGGUGGGUGGGGGAUUUGUCUUUUGUGGCCAUUCUGUCGAGCAGUUAGUGAGCGUGUGGUGGCAGACGGUGGUGAUUGGCGUUGGGAUGGGGUUGAAGGAUUACCUGGGGUGUCGCUAGCGUGGCAAUUGCUGGCAGUCGUCGGCGGUGGUGGUAGUCGCUGGCUUUGCUGGCUUGGCUGUCAUUGGCGGCGGUCGAUGACAGUGGCUGGGGCGUCAGCCAUAUGGGCUGUUGACAAUAUAGUGGCACGAGUUUAG